AAAGUCAAAACUCCCGUCGUUUUUGUGCUGCACACAGCGAAGAAACGAAGACUACUGGAGAAGUUCCCAGUAUGGACUAACAUGAGAUAGCAUUCGCGACAUGCUGAGGGAGUUUCUGCCAUUUUUUCCCCCCACGAAUGGUUAUAUAAAUGUAGUGACGGAGAAUAGGGGGGCUUUAAGUGCACCACGUUAAGCAACAGAGGAAUUAGUAUUUUGUCAGGCUAAUAUCGUUGGUGUGGCGACAGCUCGGGCGGUAGGUAGGCAAACGUUAGCCCUAGUAACGGAUCUACUCGGACCUGAAAGUGGACUAACUAAAGGACGAGGGUUUCGUUGGAUCGCUGCUGCUGAUUUAAAAAGUUGCCCGGCGGUGAGGUGCAGCCACGCCGGGGGGGAAAGGCACAGCGCGACGGCCGCUACUCUCCGGCUAGCUCGCCUGCUGCUGCUUCUGUAUCUGGACUCGAGGCCUUGUUGGUGUGGCGACAAUGCUCGACAUAAUGUCCGAGCAUCAAGAUUCACUUUUGUCGUGUAAAACGGAACCUUUGCCCCCAGAGAGGAAAAAGAGGACUGUUGAGGACUUUAACAAGUUCUGCAGCUUCGUCCUGGCAUACGCUGGCUACAUCCCCAGUUCAAAAGAGGAAAGUUCUUGGUCCCCAACAUCAUCAAGUUCUGCACACAGUUCAGGGUUGUCAGCUGAUGGAGGUGGUGGAGGAAGCUGCUCAACAGGCAACACUUGGGCAGAUGGAAGCUCUGACAUCCACACCAUCCACACAUUUGUCCGUAAAGCCCGGGCGAAUAAGGGCAAAAACAUCCGCCGUAUGCACUCUGAUAGCACUCUACUGGACAAGAUGCGCCUUAAAGACUCCUUAUAUGAGAGCCAGGCAAGCAGUAAGGCAGAGCGGAAGAAGGACAAAAAACUUAAAAAGUUGUCGCUGGGUUCUGCCAUGACAGCGGUAGAUAGUGGCAGCAGCGAAGGCGAGAAAAGAGCACGCAUUAAACGCAGCAAAAACUCAAAACAGCCCAAACCUAAGAAGCUCAAAAGUUCAACUGCUCAAAGCGAGACAGACUCUGAGGCGCGGCACUCACAUGCAGAGGUACGACCUGGUAGAGACGAGCUGAUGGGACACGGGGGCUCCAACUCAAGCGUGCGGGGGUUGGGGAAGAUGCAGCCGGAUGAGUCGAUGAGGGAAGCAGACAUGAGCUCCAGUGAGGGUGAGACAUGGAUCGCAGAUGAAGACAUUAUGGUGGAGUCAGGGGAUGAUUCAUGGGACUUGAUCACCUGUUACUGUGGGAAGCCCUUUGCAGGACGACCGAUGAUCGAAUGCAACCAGUGCGGCAUAUGGGUGCACUUAUCAUGCGCCAAGAUCAAGAAAUCCAACGUUCCAGACAUCUUUUACUGCCACAAGUGCAGGGACACGAGGCGGUCGGGAAACAAAAAAGACACUUAGAUAUGAAGAGGAUGGGAGGGACAUUUCGCACUCCCCCAGUUUUUGCUGUCCUCCUGACACUUGUUUUCUUUGAUGCCUACAGCCAAAACAGCCUAAAUUAUCACCUGGAUGACGACUGUAUUGUCACUUGUUAGGAUUUCUUUUUGACAAUCAACCAUUCUUAUUUAUCCCUCACUUUCUUCUUACUUUUCUUUGGCUACAGAGAAGAACUGGACACAAGGCAGCAGUGGCGAUGAUUUCUUUUUAAUAAUAAAUACCUUCAAUAAUUGGC